GAAUUUAGAUGGUUUAAGACAUUAUUGUGCUUGUUUAACAUUUCAUCAAACACUUUUACCAACAACAAUAGCACCAACAAAUAAUUUAUUUAAUAAAAAAAAUGGUUGUAGUAAUGAAGCAGAUAAUACAGCUUUUUUAUUACCUAGAACUCAAAUGUAUGCACCAAAAUGUUUGUUUCUUACAUCAAAAUUGGAUUGUUUUGAAGCAUUUAGAAAUUGUCUUGGUCUUGUUUAUACAAUGUAUAUCGAACCUUUGUCAGAUAUUCGAAUUGAAACACUUGUUGGUAAUAUUCUUGAUAGUGUUAAUGUACUACCACCAGGUGGACAUGCUCUUCAUUUUUCAAUUGGUGCUGAUGAUAGACAAGUGAUACAACCACCAGCUAGUCCAACUGUACCUUGUACUGGUCUAUCUGUAUGUAAUCUUUUCAAAGAAUCAGAAAUUGAUCAUGUUGUCACAAUCUUUUAUGCUGCAUUGUCAGAUAUGAAAAUUUUAUUCUUUUCAAGAAGUUAUUGGAAACUAACUGAAGCUUGUAAAGCUGUGGAAUCUCUUUUAUAUCCACUUAAAUGUUGGUAUAAACUAACUAUCUUUAUUAUUAUUUUUUCAUUGUUUGAUGGUUUAUGGAUUGAUUUAGAUGAUGCAAGUGUUCAUGUAACAGAAAAUGUUAAAUUAGCACCAAUGCCUGAAAAACCCUAUAAUCGUAUAUUAUCAUCGUUAUUUCAAAUUUUUAAACCUGAUAUUCAUGCAGCUGAUUUAGCAUUUCAAUUAAAUGGACGUAUGAAUUUAAGACAAGAUAGUGGAGUUAUAUCAUUUCAUAAAGCAAGUUUUCUUGGUCAUCAUCGAUUAGUUAAUGAUGAAUUUAUGUUACGUGUACUUGAUUCAAUGUCAUUUCAUAAAUUUAUUGAAGAACAUGGUCCACCUUUUCAAUCAUGUGAUAUAUUUGAUGAAGUUUAUGCAACUAUUUAUGAUCAAUUAAAACGUAAAAUUGAUCCAAUAAUAAAUAAUUCUUCAAUUGCUGUUCUUGAACAUAUCAAAGAAUUAGCAAAUCAACUUUCAUUAAAUAAAAAUCCAUUAACUCAACAAACUUAUAUUCAAAAAUCACCUUCACUUGUUGUUACCAAUGAUAGUGUUAGUGAAUUCAUUGAUGUAUAA